UACAAGAUGUUUGAAGCGUGGGGAGGAGAAUCGAUUUUUUGCGUUUGGUCAUCGUUCCGUCAAGUGGCAGAGUAAAGUGACUGUCGUUCCAUAAAAUUUCUUCUUAAAUAUUUGUUGCAUUGGCUAGGAAGUGAAUUCCAGUAUAGUGUUUUUGUGUUCGUGUAUUAUGAACGGAUUAUCGGAGAUGGGUGGAAGUGAAACUAAUUCAGAUUUAAAGUCGGCUCCCCCCAGUGAAGAACCUAUGAAUAUGGACGGAUCACCUAAAAAACGAACCCGAUCGGAAUCAGUUAUUGCAGACGCUUGAUGUGUGAUGUCAAAUAGUCAGGUGAGACACAGAUUAAUGCGAGAGCGAUAUAACCGUAAAGGUGUGCACCUACUGUUCUGUGUGUAGUAGAAAGUAACGCACGCGUGCGUGAGAAAUGAAAUAUUCAAACUUACAUGCCAAAAAUGAAAAGAACAAACAGAACAAAAUCAUUUCUAAUCCGAAUAUAAAGGAAAACAUAUUUUCAUCUAUUAUUGGAAUUAGAUUUUAAGCAGAACUAAAUUUAAAUCUCUUUUCUUUUUUCUCUUCUGAAAUGCAAGUAUCUACAAGAAAAGCAUCUAACCCGCGACGGCUGGUAGAACCAACAGAUUUUUUUCUUUUCUUUUUGUUUUAAGUCUAAAAGAUGAAACUGCGCAUGCAUUAACACAUGGGAAAGGGAGGGAGGAAAAUUGUUCCUGCCCUCAAAUGUCAAUGGCUAUGGUUCGGUGCGUUGUUUUUCUUUGAAAGCCAGGGCUUGCGUCGUUUCCUUGAAAACGUUCAGAUUUACGUUUCCAACUAUUGAACUUGCAGCAACCUGAUCAUCAUCAGUGGUCAAACAUAACGUUUGGAUUGGUUUCCUGUCUUUACAAUGAUUGUGUUUUUUUUUCUUUCUAUUCUGGUUAUCAUUUCAGAUUUGUAAAGUAGACAUGGUAGAGAAAUAUUUAGAUGGAAAAAGUAGAACAUGGUUGAGGUUCCCCUUUGGCAAACGAUGGGCGGGUCUUAGUGACAACAUUGUCUUCAAUUUUGAUCAUUUGAAGUGAAGUAGUUGGCGAGACAAAUAUGCGCAAUCGAAGGAGGCCCGGAAAGGAGGGGUAGUAAAUCAUUUCAUCGCUUACAGUAGAAGCCAGUUUGGCGACGGAUUACUUUAAAACUUUUUUCUCAUUUACAAUCCCUUCUCGCCAGGGUUCAUUGAAUUCCACGGAAAUAAAGAUGAUUAAUAUUGUUGCUCGCAAGCAUUGUGUUCUCUUACUUUCAGAGACCGUGUUAUCAGGUCAAUCUCAAGUCAGUCAAUCGAAACGUCUUUAUAACUCCCCAAAUUCUUCCCAGUGAGAAAACUCGCGUAAGAGAACAAUAACAUCCUUGUAGAAUCGAGAUUUUGCCAAAUGAUUUUUACCUAAUCAUGUUAUUUUUUCUUCUUUCUUUCAUUUCUUUACAAAACGAAAAAUAUGUCAAAAAUUUCAAUCAACUAAAAUCGAGAGCGGGCUGGGCUAAAACAGUGACUCCAAAACGCACGAGCGACAUAAUCCUCGACGUUUGCGAAUAGAAGGACUUCGUGACAUUUAAGGAUAUGAUAAAGACUAAUCGUUCUUUUUGUUUUUAUCUUUUUUUACAGAGAAUGAGGUUGGUAAUUUUGGUUGGCUAAUCGAUCGGCUGACCGGUCAAAUACUUGCCAUUCACGCUCUCCUCCACCAUCGUCCGUUAAACACACAAAUUUCUCUAUUGGAUUCUGUCUGGGGAUGAAGUAGAGAUGGUAAUCGAAAUUUUUGCAUCCCCCUCCGCACAGUUCGCUGUUUGAUUUAUCGAAUUCCAUUUCGGAAACUUGAGGCAGAUUUUUUAAAUUUCAUUAGACGAAAUACUAAAGCAAUUCGAAAUCUCACAAAUCUAAACAUAUUUCGCCAGAAUUCACAAUAAUCUCCUAUGAAAUCCGUUUUCAUCAUUCCCUCUCGUCUCAUGGGAUAAAUGUUGAAGGCAGUGAACAACUGAAGUUGCCACCAACCAAAGUUAUUAACUCGACGGAACUUCACUAUCUGCUCUAAUAUGAUCAAAUAUAGCAAUUAUGUAAUUUCAAUCUUGUUACGCUGACUGUUGCUCGACUUGGCAACCGAAGAUACCUUUUUUGUCGACACCUAUCUAUGAUUUAACGCAGACAAGCGAUGUGAAAUUCGGGCCAGGAACACGUUCCGUUCUCUUGGGACUAUUGGGUGGAGCAUUACCAAAACUGACUUCUGAACAAUACGAUACAGUAAACAAAGCAAAGAAGUAUGCGAUGGAGCAAAGCAUUAAAAUGGUGCUGAUGAAACAAACAUUGGCACAUCAACAACAGGCGAUAAAUCGUUUUCAGCAAUUGGCAAGUCAGAGAACACAAGUUCAACGUCAACAGGCCUUAGCAUUGAUGUGCAGAGUGUAUGUUGGCAGCAUAUCAUUCGAGUUAAAAGAAGACACUAUUCGAGCAGCUUUUCUCCCUUUCGGUCCAAUAAAAUCGAUCAAUAUGUCAUGGGAUCCUAUUACGCAGAAACACAAGGGGUUUGCUUUCGUUGAGUACGAGAUCCCGGAAGGUGCUCAAUUGGCCCUAGAACAAAUGAAUGGAGCUCUUAUGGGCGGCAGAAAUAUCAAAGUGGGUCGACCAAGCAACAUGCCCCAAGCUCAGCAAGUUAUCGAUGAGAUACAAGAAGAAGCGAAAAAUUACAACAGAAUAUAUGUCUCAUCCAUACAUCCAGACCUGACAGAAGAGGAUAUCAAAAGUGUGUUUGAAGCAUUUGGACCGAUUUUGUAUUGUAAGUUGGCACAAGGUACAUCACUGCAUACACAUAAAGGGUAUGGUUUCAUCGAAUACGCGAACAAACAAGCAAUGGACGAAGCUAUUGCCAGUAUGAAUUUAUUCGAUUUAGGUGGCCAACUACUGAGGGUCGGUCGUGCUAUUACACCACCGAACGCUCUGAUGGGCCCCACGACAAAUUCCUCAAUGCCUACGGCGGCGGCAGUAGCAGCUGCUGCAGCAACAGCAAAGAUUCAAGCAAUGGAUGCAGUUGCUAGUAAUGCAGUUUUGGGUCUUUCUGCCGCAGCUCCAACGCUAGGAAUACCAUCAAUCGCGAAAGUUCUUCCGUCAGUUGGGGCAACACCACUUGUUCCAGCGACACUACAAGCUUCAGGAAUAGCCGUCCCAGCGGUGACACCGAUAUUAAACCCGCCCCAAAUAAUUACGCCGGUUCUGGGUACACAAAGCGCGAUUGGAGUAACGGCAGCUGCACCUAUAACAGUGACUCCCGCAGGAGUAGCGGUAAAUGUUACAGCCUCUAUAAAUCAAACAGCGAAUAAUCCUGAGGAUAUUCUAAAAAAGGCGCAUGAAAAGCAACAAGAAGAACUUCAAAAGAAACUUCUCGAAGAAGGAGAACCGCAAACGCUUCAACAACAGGAAAGUAUGUCUAUAAAGGGUCAGAGCGCCCGCCAUUUAGUUAUGCAACGAUUAAUGCGACCGCAAGAAUCGAAAGUAAUUAUUCUGCGCAAUAUGGUGGGUCCAGAGGACGUGGAUGAAACAUUACAAGAAGAGAUCCAAGACGAAUGUGCAAAAUUUGGAACUGUGGAACGGGUAAUCAUCUACAAGGAGAAACAAUCAGAAAAUGAGGAAGAUGACGAUGCUGAUGUCAUAGUAAAAAUAUUCGUUGAAUUUUCAACAGCUGCAGAAGCGGAAAGGGGCCGCGAAGCUUUACAUGGACGAUUUUUUGGAGGCCGACGGGUAAUUGCUGAAUUAUACGACCAAGCUUUAUUUGACCACGGUGACUUAUCCGGCUGAAAUAUGUACAAAAAUCAUUGAUAUAGUUAUUAAAAUGCUCAUGUAAAAAAUAA